GCAGGGAAGGCGUUUCCACCCGGGACUGUUUUGGUGUAUAACGUGAGCAAAUCCUGCACCGAUCUGUCAAGAUGUCCGUCCUGAUAAAACACGUCUUUUCAACGAUUUGCUCAGUUUUGCGUUCUGUGUACGUUUCUGUUUAGACCGGACACUACAGAGAGACAAUGAGCUUCCUGCGUAACCGUGCCGUGGUGCUCGGCCUGGUGCUGCUCUUCACCGUGCUGCUGUACCUGCUGCUGCCGUCCUCCAUCAGACAGAGUAACACUGAGCCGUCUCUGGCCGUGCAGAGGACACAGAGGCUCAUUUCUUCUUCUCCGUCACCCAUCAACAUCACCGUCCGCACGGGACAGAUCCCCAGUGACCCGCCGCUCUUCUUCAGAGAAGCCCUGCCUGUGGACUCGUCCAGGAGACAAGUCCUACCCAGGCUGCAGGUGGUGCUGCUGCAUGGUCAGGCCUUCACCUCCAGGACGUGGGAGGAGCUGGGCACGCUCAGUCUGCUCGCCGCAAACCGAUACCAGGCCCUGGCUCUAGACCUGCCAGGUUUUGGUAAGUCUCCAGCAUCAGAGUCGGUGAAGUCGGAGCAGAGUCGUGUGGAUCUGUUGAAGCAUUUCCUGGAGGCUCUGGGAGUUCACGCUCCGGUUCUCAUCACUCCGUCAAUGAGUGGUCACUACGCGCUGCCCUUCCUGCAGAGGUUCAGUGAUCAGCUACGAGGCUUCAUUCCCAUCGCACCUGUCGCCACCCGUACACUCACUCCACAGCAGUACCACGACAUCCAGACUCCGACUCUGAUUAUAGUGGGAGAGUUGGACAAUAAUCUUGGCUCUCAGUCUCUGAAGAACCUGCAGAAUCUCCCUCAUCACUCUGUGGUUAAGCUGUCAGGAGCACGACAUGCCUGCUACAUGGACAAACCGCGAGAGUUCCACCAGGCGCUGCUGCACUUUCUCAACACUCUCAACUAACAGGAUGUGGGGGGCAGGGGGGCAAAAAUGAUGACAAGUGUGUCUGUACUUUAAAACAUUUAGGUUUUUCUGAAACAGGCACAUCAUCUCAACUGUAGUGCAGUAUUUAUAAUGCAUAUACAUUGUCGGAGUGAUUUGUGUGUGUGUGUGUGUGUGUGUGUGUGUGUGUGUGUGUGUGUGUGUGUGUGUGUAAGAGAGAGAGACGAACUGUGUUUGGAGACAGAUCACUCUUUUUCCUUUCCUUUAACUCCUCCCCUUUUAAAGACCACAUCUGUCUUGUGCUGUCAAAAUUUGAGUGAAAUCUGAAAUGCAGAUGAUAAAAUGUGUAACUACAGACUGUUGCUGCUGCUUUAUUCGAAAUUGCUUCUAAAAUUGCUUAUUUAAAACAUGCUUUCUUUUGUUGACGAUAAAAAUAUUGGCACCCACCUUGCCCAGUUCCAGAUAUACACACUGGCACGUUAGAGCCGUGUGGAACUUCAGAUCAUUUGAACCUCUGAUCCUCGCUGAUGCUUUACGAUGCUUUGUAUGCAUGUAAACAACUUUUUAUGAUGUUCUCUUAACACUGGCUUUGUUUAAAUGGACAGUUUUGCAUAUAGGCCUGUUUACACCUCUUUCCCAGAUGAUUGCACUGUACAGUAAUUCGGUGCAUUGCUUCUGUGUGUGUAGUUGUGAUGUGUUUAUUUAUUUUCCGCAAACGUUUUGUGUACAGUGUACAGAAUGUGUGUAUAGUCCAUCAGGUGUGGUUUACAUUGCUUGUAAAUAGAAGAGAGCUGAACAUUAUUAAAACACUAAUCGAAAUAAUAUCGAAAUAAAAAUAGCCUUAUUGGCAUGACUGUGUCAGGAC